AUGGGUCUUAAGGACCAUCUUCCAGCGCUCGCUCCAGGGCCUCGCGGCCCCGUCAACAAACAACCAUUCACUCUCAUGAAACCGAGGAAAAAUUCCACGGCCUGCCUGCCGUGUAAGCAAGCGAAACGGAAGUGCACCGGACGCCCCGCACCUUGUAAAGCUUGUCAGAACACAGACGCUGAAUGCGUUUUCGAUGAGACGCUCGACCUCAGGCGUAAGGUCGCUGCUAGACGUACUCUCGGGGAGUUAGAAUACUAUCGAGGCUUGUUGUAUUCCUUAUUAGAGUCACUUCGCUCCUCAGAUGAAGACAAGGUCAACCAUAUCUUGGAGACUAUACGCGGCAGCGCUCUACUAUCCAAUGUUGCCAACGUUGUGGAUGCACCAGCCGACUUGGGUGAUGCGAGUUCCGAUAACGCAAAACCCCUAGGAAACGCAGAUGACGCCAUAGCUCAACAGGAACGUUUGGCCGCUGAUGCUCACUCUCGAAUAACCCUAGAGAAACUUUGCGAUAUCCCCAUAUUCCAAGUGCCGGUGAAGCCUUGGACGGCCGUUACCGACGACGAUCAUCUCGUUUCGCAUUUGAUCUCCUUGUACUUCACAUGGGAUCAUCCAUUGUCGCAAAUCAUUGACCAGAGAGUGUUUUUGAGACAUAUGAGGGAGAGCAAUAAGAAUACUGAAUUCUGCACCCCCUUCCUUGUAAAUAGUAUUUUAGCAGUUGCAAGUACAUAUUCUGAUUUUCCUGAAGUUUUUGCUAUUCCUGGAGAUGUGGCCUCUAAAGGUGCACAUUUCUUUAAUGAGGCAGAACUCUUAUGGAAAGCGGAAGAAGGCCGUACAUCGUUGACCAACAUCCAGGCUCUUGCCCUGAUGAGCCAUGUACAAAUGUCCAUGGAAUGUCGGAAACCCGUGAACCUAAAACCCCCAAUAUUCGAGCCUCCUGUGAGAGAUAAUAUCAAUGACGACAUUGUAUGGAUCCCAUAUCCUCGUUCCAACCAUAUUGAAUACGAAAAGAAGCCUGCCUUACUCCGUGAGAUAAUGAUUCAAACGGUAGGCUUCGCGGAACUGGUCGUCAGCAUGCAAGACUUGCUUUUUGAUGAAGCAUUCGAUAUGAAUAUUGGCGACCUAUGUAGGGCAGUAAGCGCCCUGUAUACUCGACUAGAAACGUGGCUGAGAGACCUGCCCGGUGUACUGAAAAUUGACAAGGCGGCUUUACAAGUUCCGCAAGUAUUGAGUUUGCAAUACCACCAUGCCAUCAUCCAGGUCUUCGAUUCCUUAGUGAACCACGAAGACUUCGCCCCCAUGUCGCUUCCGGAUGUUAACCAGGCUCGACUCAUCCGACUUCGGUCAGCGAAGCAGAUUGCUGACUAUCUCCUCCUAUACCAUGAAGCCUAUGGGCUUAGGCAUGCCCCCAGCCAAAUGCUGGAGCCUGCCAAUGCAAGCACCCGUAUCUUACUCACUGCUUUGGACAACUGCGAAUAUGAUUUCAAAGAGGAAUUUGUUGAAUUGUGUCGGUUUCUAGUAGCCUUCAGCAAGAGAUUCCCCCUCGCUAGAGAUAUGCUCGCGAAUAUAGAAUUCACAGCCGAGUCCAUGGGUAUCAAACUGCCCCCCGAAGCCGGUACAGUGUUCGACCACAGAAAUUUGGAAUCAUCCCAGUGGCUAUAG